AUGGGUAAUACACAAGUAUCUAAAGCUCAAUUAUCUUUUAAGGAUAUUUUUCCCAGAUGUAAGACAUAUUAUAAUUCUCUUACAUACAAUAUGAAUGGAGGUCGUGUACAAAUAGCACUAAAGGGGCCUUGCAAUGAUAUUAGUGCAGAAUUUACUCCUGAUAAAUAUGUGAAUAAUGUUUUUUAUGUACCUUGCGAAAAACUAGGUCUUUAUUUACAUGAAUUAAAAAAUAUGAAAGAAGACACUAGAAAACCAUAUUGUAAUUUUUAUAUCUACGAGCUGAAACGUGAAGCAAGGAAUAAAAGUCCUAAAGUUAAUUCGUUUGAUGAUCUUCACAAAAAACUCAUAGAUUCAUACAGUAAAACAGGUGUACGCAUACCUGAUGUAUGUAAAGAAUAUGUAUCAAUAAUGAAUGACGAUGUAUAUGAAAUAUUCAAAAUGUUUGAUGAAUUAUAUGAUCAUUUUAAAUCUUUAAAACAUGUGAGGCAAAAUAGAGAACAAUACGUUAAAUUAUGUGUACAAACAUAUGAGAAAUUUUCAGAAAUAGAUAAAACCAACUUUAACAAUAUAAUUGAUGAAGAACUUGAUAGAUUUAAAAGAGAAUUUAAUAGUUAUUUGCAAAAAGAACCUAUUUGCAGAGGUGAUAAUGCAUCAGCGAAUUGUUUCUUGGGAAAUCUCGGCAUAAACGCCAUCACGCCAGAAGCUUUAUCUGGAGAUACUGCAUCUCCAAUGACGUGGACAAGCACGGGUAUUUUAUCUUUUGCAAUAAUAAUAAUAAUAUUCAUCGUGUAUAAAUAUACUGCUUAUGGUUCAUACUUACGACCAAGGAAAAGAAAGUUAAAAAAUAUGUGGAACAGAAAAAAUAAAAAACAUUACGAAUUAAUGAAUUUAUUUGAACAGUCUCAUAAAAAUAUAAUUCAAAAUAAACACAAUAUAUUAUAUAAUUCAGUGGAUUAG